AUAAAAACGGACGACCCGUCGUCACCUGUCGUUUAAUCCCUACUUAAAACGAGUUUUUUUUACACCACUGCUUCACGUGAGAGCUUUGGUUCAAAAAAUGCGUAACCUAAUUUGAAGAAAUAAAAUCACUCUCGCCCGCGCGCCUACAAUGCUAUGACUCAAUCAUGCGCCUCCAGCAUCUGCUCCUAAAAAUUUUUGUCAUCCACCUGCAGCUGUCGGUACAAACCUCAGCCAAAGAAGUUGAACUGGUCGAGAGUAUCUGUUCGAGCAAUCAAAAUCAGCAGCCGUCGCGGCGCCUCCGCUCAACAAGCGCUCGCCAACCCACGGCUACUGACAACCUGUUGUUCUUUCCGUGGUCCAACUGGUCACCCUGCAGCAGGUCAUGCACCUCAUCUAGAUUUAGACGGUGCAAGAAACAGGGUCGGUGCACGGCCGAAGUGGAAAAGGAAGAAGCGUUUUGUUUUGCAAAAGACAGUCUCUGCUUCAAGUGGAUUUUCGAGCAGGUGUGCCAGCAGGAGGAGUACGAAGGAGAGGCCACCGAUGAAAACUACCAAGAUUACUAUUCAGAGUACGAAGGAGAUUUCAACGAGGAGUACAUCGACUCUUUCGAGGAAAAUUUGGAAAUUGAGAAAAAUUACUGCGGCGUCUUCAAGCCAAAUAAUUCGGCUCUGACCAAGAUCAUUGGAGGUCGACCAUCCGAGCGAGGCCACUGGCCCUGGCAGGUCGCCGUCCUCAAUAAGCACAAACACGCCUUCUGUGGUGGAACCCUGAUCGCGAGGAAUUGGGUUCUGACGGCCGCCCAUUGCGUUCGGAAGACGCUCUUUGUUCGCAUCGGUGACCACAAGUUAAUCAAGUCCUCCGGCGACGUUGAAGUCAAGUAUUUAAAGGUGGUCGAGUCUUUGGUGCACCCAAAAUAUGACGUGGACACAGUUGAUAACGACAUUGCUCUGCUACGCCUCAGGGACACUGGCGGCACCUCCGCGCAACAGGUGGCCUGUCUACCUUCAGCAAACCAGCGGCCACCGAAGGACCGUCUGUGCACCAUCAUAGGCUGGGGCAAGAAACGGCCAACUGACUUUGAGGGCACUAAGAUCCUCCACCAGACUGAGGUGUUCGUGAUGCCGGAAGGGCGGUGCAGGCAGGUCUAUGAGAAUUAUCACAUCACAGAAAACAUGUUUUGCGCGGGACAUCCAAGUCAGGUGCGUGACUCUUGCGCUGGGGACUCUGGAGGGCCCCUGCUCUGCCAAGUGGGCGACCGGUGGACCGUCUUUGGGGUCACGAGCUUUGGAGAGGGCUGUGGCAGACGCGGAAAGUUUGGUGUCUACUCAAUGGUGCCCAACUAUGUUCACUGGAUUCAACAAACUAUCUCUCUGUAAUAUGUAAAUUGAAAGCUAGCGGAUACCUAUUAUUAUUCACAUUUGAAAUAAAUUAAACGACAUUUGGAAAAACUGAUUUUUCA